CUCAAAAUCGUAUGUUUUGAGGAGGUGUUAUCAUAUCAGUUGCGAAGUGUCAAAUCGCGAUAAAAUUUCUCAACAACUAGUUGAUUAGGUAUAUUUAAUUAACAAUAAAUAGGAAAAAAUGGGAAUAUUUUUCUCGAAGAAAAAGCCUCAGAGUCGAGUUACUGAACAGGACAAGGCUGUGUUGCAACUGAAACAAACGAGAGACAAGAUAAAACAGUAUCAAAAACGGAUAGAACAAAGCAUCGAAAAGGAGCGUCUAAUAGCAAAACAAUUAAUUCAUGAUGGAAAGAAAGACCGAGCUUUGUUGCUACUUCGCAAAAAGAAGUUCCAGGAACAAUUGCUCAGCAAAACGGACAGUCAGCUCGAAAAUCUGGAACACAUGAUGCACGAUUUGGAGUUCGCACAAAUUGAGUUGAAGGUAAUAGACGGGCUCAAAGUCGGAAAUACUGCCCUGAAGAAGCUGCAUGAUAUUCUGUCCAUCGAAGACAUCGAAAAAGUAAUGGAUGAGACUAGGGAAGGAAUUGAGAAACAGAAAGAGCUGGACGACUCGCUUAGUGGAUCGCUGACAGAUGAGGAUGAAGCAGAGGCGGAGGCGGAGUUGGAGGCGCUGCUGAUCCAAGAUAGGGAAUUACAAGAUAAAGAAGAAGAGAAAACUAAGAUUCCUGAAGUUCCAAAGGAAGUUUCAUUGCCUGACGUUCCCACGGAUGAACCGGUCAAGCAAAGAGAGUCACCAAGAAAGGAAAAAAUACGAGAGGCAGUGCCACUGGAAGCGUGAACGAUAAUUCAAUUUGUGUAAAAUACAGAUUUUUAUUAAUUCUUUGGUUUAUUAUAUGUAUACAUUUUUCUUCUUAUAUUUAAAAAAAAAAAUCUCUUCUGUGGCGUGUUGUACUGACUGCGCCCAGUUUGUGCUAUGUGCAGUUUCUCCGUCUUACGCCCAUUCCCAUUGACCAAAUUAUGGUGAAAGUGGACUUUGUCCGUACCGAAUGCAGUGAGUGGAAACCGCUACUAAUACCGCCGGUGUGUGUAUAUAUGUACAGUGCUUUUUGUACAGUUGUUAAUUGUAUAGAGCUAGUAGUCUGAUGAAUGAACCAAAAAAAUAGAUUUCUUAGAUCUAUCCACCUAAAUUUAAUUCACCUUCAGGAUUGCAUUGCUAAAGUUUUAAAACCUCGAUUGACUCGCAAAUAUUGAAGUGUGAGUGCAAAUUUUAGAGUUAUGUUUAUAUGAUUUCCAUAUUUGACUUAAAUUCAAAAUGUCUGUGUCAUACUUCUUUGAGUAUGAUUCGAAUUGUAUGCCUAAUAUCAAAUUGUUAAUGACAACAUUGUGCAUCCAUUGAAUAAAUUUUUUACAUUAUUAUUGUAAAC